AUGAAUAGCCGCGUGGCGAAGCAAACGCGCACGGCGAAGCGCGGCGCGCGCGUCGCGGCGCGCGCGUUCGAUGACGUGAACGUCGUGAUCUCGUCGGCGAACGCGAUUUGCCUGGCGUUGGGACGAUUCGUGUUUUUGCCGUACCAACGCGCGCAAGUCGAACGCGUGGGCGCGCCGACGCAAAACGGACAGACGCACUUCGCGGCGGGCGACUCGCGCGCGGAGGAGGCGUCCUUCAUCGUGUCGACGAACGAUCCGGCUGGGUUCACGAUCGUGGACCUGCUCGCGUGGGGGUCCAUCGGGCACGCCGUCGGAUUUCUCGCGCUCGCGUCCCAGUCGGCGCAAACGAUGUUGUGA